AUGAACACAGAUAAUAUACAAUUUCUUUCAAGAGAAUCCCUUUUCUUGAAGUUUCCUACUGUGCCCCUUGAUAAGUACAGCGUUGAAGAUUUAUUGGAAGGCAUAAAAUCCAAACGAUCAUAUAAUGAGAUUAUAGAUUUGACUUACUAUCUCUUGAAGAACAAUUCGUUAUCGUUAUCGGAAAUCUUGAAAAUAUGGGAAAUUCGGUUAAUAUUGCAUUUAUUCAAUAAUCAAUUGUCCUUUGCUAAGAAGGAAGCCAUUAAUUUAAACAAUGCCUUGUACUUGAAUGAAAAUAAUAAUAUUGCCCCAACACAAGGGCAACAGGCUCAAAGUCCAAAUAGUAACAAUGAUAGUAGAACAAGCUCCAUGAAUUCAGCAACAGGUAAUACACCGAGCCCGAAUCCUGGAUUGCAGCCAAUAUACCCGUUACCAAAGAACAAUAAUGGUGUAAUUGAACAUAGCCUAUUAAUGAUGAUCCUUAGAUUGAGAUCUAUACCGAACUUGAGUCUUGUCAACGAGUUUUAUAAAUUAUGCUAUCAACUAAGGUUAAGAUCUUCAGGUGCUCAAGAAGAGAAACUGGAUUUACAAUUAAAAUUGAUCAACUUAAGCUAUGAUAUAAUUGUCAUACUAUGCAUCACCAAAAAUUAUCAUACAUUACUCAAUUACUUGGAGUCGAUUCGAUAUGAAUUAGUGUUACAAAAGAAACAGGGCCUACUCUCUGAUACUUAUAAACAGUAUCUAUCAAACGUGACAUUACUAUGGGUGAUUAUUCUCAUCAUGGUGCAUGUUCGGAAUGGAGCAAAAAAGGACAAGUUGACAGAUAUAAUCACCAAAUACUAUCAACAGGCGUUUGAAGACGAUGUGUACGAGUUAUCUAUGAAUAGUUUGUCUUAUAUCUUAUCGCAUAUACUGCCUCUCCCGUCGUCAGAUGACAUGGCUAAGGUGCCACCAGGUCCCUUAACCAUACUGCAUUUGGUACAAUUAGUCCUACUGGGUAAUAUCUCUGGAAGAAUAAUAUGCUCAACCAUUGGGUUGUGGGAUAUCUCGAAUGUUCACGGAUAUACCUUGACCAAAGAUGACGAGUUCAAAUUAAGUCGCCAACCUAAGGAUGUCUCCAGUAAUGUAUUAUUAUGUUACGAUGAAUUAACCAAUGACUGGGGAAAAUUCAUUUACAAGGUAUAUGGAUUAGAAUAA